AUGGUUUUGGAUCACAAUCUCAUGAGGGAAGUGUUAGAGAACGAAGCACCAAAGUUCCCUCCAGGGACUACAAGCGGAUAUCAUGCACUCAGCUAUGGGUGGCUUGUCGACCAAUUAAUUAGACACACAGACGAAAAGAAGCGAGGAAUCGGGCAAUUCUUUAGAGAGGAAAUUGCUGAACCUUACGGCAUUGACUUUCACAUUGGCCUCAAUCCUUCCGAAGAGUACCGUGUGGCCCACACUUCUCCAAUAAAGAUUUCUGUCAUACUAAAGGAAAUUUUCCAUGACUACCAUGUUGCGGUUUUCCUUUUGCGUUAUUUUUUGACAAACGAGGUGACUCAAAGAAUCAGUUCAAAACUACAGCAUAAACUUUCGAUGCAGGAUACUCCAAUGAAGAGAACGAACAAUCCUUCUUGGCUGCUUGCAAACGAGACUGCAAUGAACAAUCCGGAACACCACGCUAUGGAGCAAGCCGCGGCGCUCGGUAUAGGGAAUGCUCGAUCACUGGCGAAAAUGUUCAACUUGGUGAGAAUGAUAUUAUAUUAG